AUGAGUUAUAGGUGGAAAUGGAUUAUGUUGGCAUUGGUCUGCAACUUCGUAAUAUCAGCAAGUCAGGAUGAAGAGGAACACAAAAAUAUGGUUAAGCGUCAAAUUAACAGUUUGCCCCUUGUAUAUCCUUAUGGUGCGACAUAUAAGUUAAUUAUUGGACUAUCGGCCCCAAUAAAAGCAGAGGACUAUAUCAGCCUGGCCUUUGCGGCUAACUUUCAGUAUCAGUAUUCACAAUUUCAAAAUAUAAGUGAAGUCUCGCGGUAUUACUUCAUCAAAACAGUGUCCAGAGAGCAAAGAGAGGCUGAUUUAGAAGCAAGAAAAGAUGAGAGAUAUACAUUCUACAGAUCCGUUGCAGAUAUGUUACGUUCAAAGAAUAUGGACGGUGAUGAGUGUGUGUUCAGAGCCAUUUGUGAAGCAGCACAAUACCCGGUAGAGGAAGAAGGCUUGGUGGGAGAAAUCCUACAUAUUUUACUUACGCCAGACUAUGGGAAAAGCCCAUUUGAUGAAAAGGACCAAUAUUUAGAAGACCUUAUGUCGCCGUAUAAUGAUGCUGCAAUAGCUGGCAGGCAGAUGUUCAACUGUCCCUCUAUAUAUCCACGUUGUCCCGAAGGAGAAGGUCUCAUGGAAAUGUUCAGUGUGUUAAGAGAAGAAUAG